AUGGCGACGUUGGAGUGGUUUGGUUUUUUAAAAUACCUCAUAUUAUUUUUAACAUUACCGCAAUUAAAUGUUGAAGGAAAGCAAAAUUUGGUAAAUUUAAAUGAAGAUAAUUGGCGUGAUAUGUUAGAAGGAGAAUGGAUGGUUGAAUUUUAUGCUCCUUGGUGCCCAGCGUGCAAAAGUCUUCAACGUGUAUGGAAUGAUUUUUCAAAUGCCAAUACCAUGUUAAAAAUCAAAGUUGGUCAAGUUGAUGUCACUACAUCACCAGGUUUAAGCGGUAGAUUUAUGGUCACCGCUUUGCCUACAAUAUAUCAUGUUAUAAAGGGUGAAUUUAGACAAUAUAAAGGCAGCAGAGACAAAGAAGCUUUAAUAUCUUUUAUUAAAGACAAAAAAUGGACGAGUAUUGAACCAAUACCAAGUUGGCAAUCACCUUCGUCAUUCCUUAGAUCUGUCUUAUCGUGGUUUUUUAAGCUCUCUACAGUUUUAAGAUCUUUCCACAAUUAUUUGUUAGAAGAAUAUGGUUUGCCCGCUUGGAGCUGUUAUUUGAUAUUUGCCGUUUUAACCAUUAUAAUUGGUACCUUUUUGGGACUGAUAUUAGUAUGCAUUAUUGAUUGCAUAAAUCCUCCAAAAUCUUUGGCAGCUAAAUCGAAAAUUUCUGGGAAAGAAGAAAUCGAAGAGUUGGAUGAAGUUGAUGAUAUUAUUGAUGACAAUGUAGAAUUAUUAAAAAAAAAUGAUGGUGAAGGAGAAAAUAGAAAUGAACAGGAAGAUGAUCAAAAUGAUGAUCAAAAUGACAAUGAAAUUGAUGAAAAGCAAGAAGAAAAUUCAGAUCAAAGUAAAAACGUUAGAAAGAGAAAACCGAGAAAGGCAAUGUGA